AUGCUAUCAAUUUCUCAAACAUAAAAAUCCUUAUAAGUGCAUUCUCAAUAGAAAUUACAUAGAUAAAACUUAUAUUCUAGAAACAGAACCCUUGAUAAUGUAGAAGCAAAUAAAUUAAGAGCUAAAUAUAUUAUACAUGAUAAGGAAAGUUUAUAUGAGGAAAUACAGAAAUUGAAAUAAGAGAACAAUCAAUUAAAGUUAACAUUGAGAUAAUUUCAAUCAUAAAUAUAAUAUUUUAAAAGAGAAGUCUAAUCAAUCUCGAAAGAUGAAGGAACUCCUACUAAAAGUUAUCCAAGAUUAAAAUAAGGUUAUUUAGAAAAAAUCACACGACUUGAAGUAUGUUAUUAUAUAUCAAUUAUAGGAAGAAAAUAUCAAAUUACAAUAAUAAUUGGCAGAAUAACAAUAAUAUAUUGGAUAACUAUAAAGUCCAUUAAAUAAAAACAAUGUUGAAAACUUAUGUAUGUCAUUGAGUGAGGAUAAUAUGAAAUUAGCUCAAAUGAUUUAAUAACAAGAAUAAUCAGUAAAUCAAGCUUAAGUAUUAAAAUAAAUUAAAUUUAGAGUCAAUACAAUAAGAUGAAUGUCAAAUAUAAUGCAAUAUUAAAUAAAUAUAAAUAAUUGAAAAAUCUUAAUGCUUAAUUACUUUUAGAAAUAGCAGAAUUAAAGAAAAAGGAUACUUUAUUUCUUGAAAGACCAUAAUAAAAAGACAAUAAAAAGGUUGAAGAAUAGUUAUAGUUAGAUUUUGAUUAAGCACUAGUAGAUCUAAGAAAUGAAAGGUAGAAAAUUAAAUACUUGGAAAAUAUGAUGUAGAAAAUGUAAGCUGAAAAUCAAGAAUAAAUAGAUAAUCUCGAAAAAAAAUUAUCUGAUUAAAAGAGAUAAUAUGAAACAUUAUAAAGAGAAUAUGAUUUAGAAAAAAUCUAAAAGUAUUAAUCUAAAAGAACAAUACUAAUAAAGAAUAAUGGACCUUAAUAACCAGAAGAAUAAGUUUAAUAAUAAGAGGAAAAUGAAUUAUAAAAGAAGAAGAUAAUCAAUGUUGAAAAAAAUUAGAUUUUAACUAUAGCUAGAUAAGUUAAAUUAAAUCUAAUUGGAUUAAAGAUCUCUUUAUAAUAAGUUGAAUAAUAUCUCUUAACUCAUGAUACUUUAACUUAACAUUAACUCAAAUAAAAUUUAUCCAAUAGAAUUUUCGGUCUCUAAUUUCUUGAAUAAAUUGAAAUGGCUGCUAUCUAUUUAGCUGAUGUUGAAAAUGAAAAUGAAACUACUACUAGUGCACGAGUUAGAAGUAUUUUUAAAACUCUAAUGGAAAACUAUUAAAUAUUGACAUCAUAAUAAUUAAAUAAUAUCAAUUAAUAAAUUAUGAAGAAGAAAAAUGAAAUUUCUGAUAUUCUAAUCAAGAAAUAUCCAGAAACAUAUACAAAUGGAUAUAUUAAUAUUGAUGUAAAAUGUUUAAAAUAUUAUUAGAUUUAUUUAGAAGUCUUAUAAUAAGUUGAAAUUACUUUAAGUAAAUUAGAAAUUGAUCAUUUCUAUGCUCUCAUAACUAAAUAAAAUAGACAACAAAGGAUUUUACUCUAAUAAAUUCAUUCUCCUUUUGAUAUCAAUUAAAAUGAAUAAGAAGAUGAUCAAGAUGAAUAAUUAUAAAUAAAUGAUAUCAAUCAUGAUAUUUCAAAAAAUGAUCAAUAAUCUUAAAAUAAAAUUAUUACUAUUCAUAACAGAUAAGAAUCAGAAUUAAUUAAUUUAAUUGAGGAUGAAGAUGAAAUUGAUAAUAAAAAUAGUUUAAUGAAAAAUAAGGAAGAUGAUAAAGAUUAAAAGUAAGAACUAUCUAAUGGUGAAGAACAAUUACCAGAUGACGAUAAAAACCCUUUCUAAGAUGUCCAAAAUGAAGAUCCAGAUUUGAAAAUGAUUGAUUCGUAAGAUUUAAGAAAAUAAAGUUAACCUGAUUUAUAAUAAUUUUGA